AUGCCGGACGAGCUGACGGAGCCCGGGCGCGCCACGCCGGCCCGCGCCUCCUCCUUCCUCAUCGAGAACCUGCUGGCGGCCGAGGCCAAGGGCGCCGGGCGCGCGGCCCAGGGCGGCGGCGGCGGCGGCCGCGAGGACGAGGAGGACGACGACGACGACCCGGAGGACGAGGACGCGGAGCAGGCGCGGCGGCGGCGGCUGCAGCGGCGGAGACAGCCGCGCGCGGGCUGCGGGCCGGGCGGGGAGGCGCGGGCCCGGGCGCUGCUGGGGCCCGGCGCGCUGGGCCUCGGUCCCCGCCCUCCCCCCGGUCCCGGGCCGCCCUACGCUCUGGGCUGCGGCGUCGCCACGCGCUGGUACUCGCGCUCGCACGGAGGCUACGGAGACGGCCUCAGCCCCGACACCAGCGACCGGGACUCACCGGAGACGGGCGAGGAGAUGGGCCGUGCAGAGGGCGCCUGGCCGCGGGGCCCCGGGCCGGGAGCGGUGCAGCGGGAGGCGGCGGAGCUGGCGGCGCGGGGCCCGGCGGGCGGUGCGGAGGAGGCGGCGGAGCUGGCCGAGGCCCCGGCGGCGGCGACGGCGACGGCGGCGGGGGAGGCGCGCGCUGGCGGCGGCGGCCGCAAGAAGAAGACGCGCACGGUCUUCUCGCGCAGCCAGGUCUUCCAGCUCGAGUCCACCUUCGACCUGAAGCGCUACCUGAGCAGCGCCGAGCGCGCGGGCCUGGCCGCCUCCCUGCAGCUCACCGAGACGCAGGUCAAGAUCUGGUUCCAGAACCGCCGCAACAAGUGGAAGCGGCAGCUGGCGGCCGAGCUGGAGGCGGCCAGCCUGUCCCCGCCGGGCGCGCAGCGCCUGGUCCGCGUGCCGGUGCUCUACCACGAAAGCCCCCCGGCCGCCGCCGCCGCCGCCGGGGCCCCCGCCGCGCUGCCCUUCCCGCUGGCGCCCGCCGCGCCCGCGCCGCCCCCGCCGCUGCUUGGCUUCUCCGGGGCCCUCGCCUACCCGCUGGCCGCCUUCCCGGCCGCCGCCUCCGUGCCCUUCCUGCGGGCGCAGAUGCCCGGCCUGGUGUGA